CACUGCACACCAAUAAAAGAGGAGCAUAAUUCAACAUUCAACAAAACAUCGGAAACAAAUCAGAGGCAGUCAAAGAAGCACAAGAUGGCCCAGCUGGACAGUGAUCUUUUCUCUGAGCAGGAGCUGACCUGCUCCAUCUGCCUGGAUCUCUUCAGUAAGCCUGUUUCCACGCCAUGCGGACACAACUUCUGCCAGGGCUGCAUCGGGGGCUACUGGGCCUCCAGCUCCGUCUGCACCUGCCCACUGUGCAAACGGGUGUUUGAGGAGCGUCCUGAGCUCAGCAUAAACCGUGUGUUUGCACAUAUCGCUCAGAAAUAUAAAGAGAUGCACUACGAUGGGCCUCCUCAACCGAAGCCAAGGCAAAAAGCGGUUAUUACCGGAGCUUCGCUAGCUGAUGCAGAGCAGAUUUUAUGUGACGUCUGCAGUGGCAAGAAAAAGAAAGCUGUCAGCUCCUGUCUGACGUGCACUGCAUCAUACUGUGAGAUUCACGUACUGCCACAUCAGCAGACGUUGUUCUACGCCUCCCAUCAACUGCUGGAUCCUCAUGAGGCCCUGCGAGGCCGAACCUGCCAGGAGCACCACCGGCUGAUGGAGGUUUACUGUCGCACGGAUCAAAAGUGUAUUUGUGCGAUCUGUGUGCUGGAGGAACACCGCACACACACCACAGUCUCAGUGCAGACAGAACGCGCUAGCAAGCAGAGACUCCUGGGGAAAACAGAACUGGACCUUCAGACAUGUAUUGACAAAAGAAAUGCCCAGCUGACUGAGCUGAAGAGCAAACUACAUGCCUUGCAGAGCUACGCUCAGGCUGAGCUGUCCGAGGUGGAGCAGCUCCUGUCUGACGUCACACACUCGGUAGAUCGCAUCCGCAGCGAGCUGGUGGGCGGGAUUGAGGAGAAGAGAGAGGCUGUGAUUGGACGAGGACAAAGCAUCGUCACCCAGCUUGAGACAAAGUUAGCGCAGCUGCAAAAGCGCCGAGGUCGACUAGAGGCACAGGCUAUUUCGGAUGACCAUAUCGGCUUCCUUCAGAGUUUUGAGGAAGCCAACAGUCCCUUGCAGGACUCAGAUAUGGACAUGCAUGAGGUGGAUGAGCUGACCCUACGCUUCUCAUUUGGGGACGUCAAAGCAGCUUUAGGAGAGAUCCGGGAAAGACUGGAUGACAUACGCUGUGGGGAAGUGCAUUACCGGCACUCUGUGUCGACAUUAGCAGAGAGUGAGAGUAUGAUGAGUGUUCGAUCAAUGAGGAGGAAGGAGUGGUCACUGAAAGAUCUACGGAAAUUAAAAAUAGGCCACAAAAAGGUUAAAAGCUAUCUUGAGGACGUAACGCUGAAUCCAACUACAGCGUACCCGUUCCUUAUCCUCUCAGACGACCGCAAACAGAUGAAACGCGGCGAGAAGCUGCAGUUCUACAGGAACAACUCGCACCGCUUUGAUGUUUGGUCCUGUGUGCUCGCGAAAGACGGCUAUGAGUCUGGAAGACACUACUGGGAGGUAAAUGUUGGUGAGAAUAAGGACUGGAAGCUGGGAGUGGUGCGUGACUCGGCCCAGAGGAAAGGUCUGUUUGACAUGACCCCUGCCAUUGGCUACUACGCGCUGUGGUGGAGCGGGAACCAUUUACGCGCUCUGACCGCACCGCCUCUCGCUAAGGUUAAGGUCACGGGUCACUUGCGGCGUAUCGGCAUCUAUCUGGACUGUGAGGAGGGUCAGCUGGUCUUCUACAAUGCCAAGACAGGAUCUGAGGUGUAUUCAUUUACAGUAGCGUUCUCAGAGAAGCUGUUCCCACUGUUCGGCACGGGCGAUAAAGAUGUGCCGCUGAUGCUGAUGUCUCCAUUUGUCAGUGUCCCAGAAUGAGAAUGUGUGACGCUUGAAGGACAAAAGCAAGGAAGAAGAAAGGCUGAUCAUCUUUGUAGAAAGUAAGGCAGAACUCCUGAAAAUGAGUUCAGGGCUAAGAAAAGAGAGAUUAAUAAUGUAGGCCACUCAGACCUUGUGGUUUACCUGUAGGUCAGGGGUUAGGGAAUGCAGAAACUAUGAAGUGAAAUAAAGUUGAAAUUACACGC